UUCGUUACGUGCCAGGCCAGGGGGACGUGCGGUCAGUGCUGCACGAAACUUUCGACGGCGCUCCGUCCGACCGAGCGACCGAAUAAGACAGAAGGAGCGACGAAACAACACACACGCAUCCGUGCGAUCGAUCCUAACUGCGAACACUCCGGUUUUUCGGUUAUAUUCCAGGUGUGCCGUCGGUCGGAUCGCCGUCGCCGUUUAACAACGUCGUCGAUUCAUAACCUCAAACACGUGCUUCUUCUUCGUCGUCGUCGUCGUCGUCGCCGUCGCGGAAAAGGAAUGAAUCGCGCGUGGCGAAUUCAGUGAAUAAUAAAUAUUAUCAGUGAGAGAUUGCGACGCCUCCUCGGCGACGGGACGUCGCGCGAGUGCGUCGCGCGAGGUGCACACGAAACAGUAGCGGGAAAGAAGAAGAGGAGGAAUCGAACCGGAGUUCGCCAGGUGUGCGACUCCCACGGGAACGAUGACUGGUGCGAGAACGACGGGAAGCACAGGAGGAGGAGGAGGAGGAGGAGGAGGAGGAGGAGGAGAAGGAUCGGCAGCAACAGCAACAGCAGCAGCAGUAGCAGGUAGCUCGAAUAUCCUGGUUGCCCUGUACGUGACGACCGCCGGUCUCCAGGGUAAUGCCCUGGGUUCCGACGAGGAGGAGAUCACGCUGCUCGUCUACGUGCUCAUCGACGUGCCGCAGAAUAAGGUGGUAGGCAGGCAGCAGUACAUCGUGCGGCCGAUGGUAAUGGAGGAGAGUUGCACUCCUGGGACCGGCAGCGACAACCCGGCGAUCGCCGGAAGCAGCGGGAACAUUAACGAGGCAGCGUUAGCGCACGCUCCAACCUUGACCGAACGAACCCUUCGGGAAUACGGGAGUCCUCUGCAGCAAGUUAUUGAAAAGUUCGAGAUCUGGUGGGCUUCUAUGUCUUCCGUAACGUCCGGUGCUAAACCAAGAUUCGUGGUGGACGGUCAGGCCCCGCUGAGACAGUGCUUGCAUCCAGAAGCCUGUAGAAAGAACAUCGAGCUGCCGGAACACUAUAAUUACUUUCAUGAUCUUCGAAAGGAGUUCGUGGAGUGUUACUCGUCUCACGGAGAAUUGUCUACACUCGGCGUCCAGGAGAUGUUACAAUAUUUCGGCAUGCCGUCAGAUCCUGACAACGACUUCCACGUCAAAGAGAUAAUGGACAUGAUCAACGUGAUACAGCGAAUGAUUAAGGAUGGUCACGUCUUUCAAAAUCCAGAAGUAGUAAACAUUGUCUUAGAACCUGGCAUUUGCUCCAAGGAUGAGGAGGUGGACAACGACUGUGUAGUGAGAGCACGUGGUCUUCCUUGGCAAUCUUCAGACCAAGACAUUGCAAAGUUUUUUCGCGGAUUAAAUGUGGCCAAGGGUGGUGUAGCUCUUUGUUUAAGUCCUCUGGGAAGACGUAACGGCGAGGCGUUGGUACGGUUUAUUAAUAAAGAACAUAGAGACAUGGCGCUGAAGCGGCACAAACAUCACAUGGGUACACGUUACAUAGAGGUUUACAAGGCCUCCGGCGAGGAUUUUGUUGGUGUAGCUGGUGGUACGAGCGGGGAGGCGCACGCUUUUCUGUCACGCGGAGCUCAAGUCAUCGUUAGAAUGAGGGGCUUGCCGUAUGAUUGCGUUGCUAAACAAGUGCUAGAGUUUUUUCAAUCCGGACAAAAGCCUUGCCAAGUGUUGGACGGCGAGGAAGGAGUGUUGUUUGUAAAGAAGCCUGAUGGCAGAGCGACUGGCGAUGCCUUUGUGUUGUUCGCGAAGGAAGAGGACGCCGAAAAAGCUCUGAGCAAACACAGAGAUUGUAUUGGCAGUCGAUACAUAGAACUGUUUCGAAGUACAACCGCGGAAGUGCAACAGGUGCUAAAUAGAGCGACCGAUUCAAAACAAGUGAUACUACCACCACCUCCUAUUGCGCAACUUCCUCCGUUGCUGCCGCAACAUAUCAUUACGUCCGGCACGCGUAAGGACUGUGUUCGACUUCGUGGUUUGCCUUAUGAAGCGAAUGUGGAACAUAUUUUAGAGUUCAUGGGCGAUCAUUCCAAAAAUAUUGUCUACCAGGGUGUUCAUAUGGUUUAUAAUGCUCAAGGUCAACCGUCUGGCGAGGCUUUCAUUCAAAUGGACAGUGAGGCAUCGGCAUAUGCAUGUGCAUCUCAGCGACAUCACCGAUAUAUGAUCUUCGGCAAGAAGCAACGGUACAUUGAAGUGUUCCAGUGCAGUGGCGAUGACAUGAAUCUAGUAUUGACAGGUGCGGUAACAGCGCCGUCGACCAAGGCACUCCUAUCACCCGGUACGUUGACCACACAGACCCCCGCGACUUUGACACAUCCGCCUGCACCGUCGCCGGUGCAGGUGCCGGUGCCGACUGCGCAACCGCCGCCGCCACCUCCGCCUCUGUGGGACAUACACGCGCUGGUGCAAGCGCAGGCACAGGCAGCGCAAGCUGUCCAGGCACAGGCGCAGGCGGCCGCUCAAGCGCAGGCCGUCCAGGCGCAAGCCAUCCGGAAUCAGGACUUUUGGCUGAUGGCUCUGGCGUCUAAUCCGCCACCCACCUCGACCACUCCCGCUUCGCCCACCUCCGUGGCCGCCACGAGCAAGUCCCUUGCACUAACCGGCCAUAAUCCAAUCGCUCAGAUUCCCGCGUACGCGAUGACGUCCCCGUCAGCCGCUGCAGCCGCUGUCGCAGCUGCGCUUCAUGCGCCAGCCGUGACUCAGACAGCGGCGACAGCGCCGUUCAUACUGUUCAAUAUGCCCCAUCAUCAUCCCCGCAUUCCUAUCCUGCGAACGCCGACGCCGCACAUGCUAGCGCCUAUUAUGCCCACUGCGCCGGCUUUGAAUCCGGCCACGCUAGUAGGUUUGAAACGAACGUUCGAUGCCGCUUUUGCGCCUGACGCGACGGCGAGCGGCGUCGCCGGGAAACGUCCGACCUGGCACACGCCAGCAGCGGCAGCGUUCCACGGUGUUCCAACGGCCCCAACCGCGACUCCAGGCUUGCCUUAUCCUGCUCAGUUCUAUCCGCAGAUCUGAUGCAUCGUUGUAUCACCUCGGUUCUUGUUUUAUACAUAUAUAUAUUUUUUUUUUCUCAAUUUCCAUGAGAAAGAACGUGAAUAAUCGUUUCUCAUCUAGGUAGAUCUUGCUCGGACGAGAGCAAGGUUUUGUUAUCUUAGCGCGAAAGUUUAUACAUUUUCGUCAUCAUCGCGUUACGAGAAUUAUCGUGUUACACAUUACCGUGUUGACAAUACAAUUUAUCUUUUGAUGAAUUUUAUGUACGUUCCUAGCAUGUAAGUUACAGUUAUUGUAAUAUUAGUCGUGGUACAUAUGACAUUCCUUUUUUUUCACAUAACAAACGAAUUUUUAACGAAACGUUUUCGGCCAGAUUAUUGAUUGACGUUUCGGACUGGUUUUUGUACAAAUUCGAACGUUACUUACACAAGAGUACUUAAACUAAUUCGCGAAAAAAUUUACCUGUAGUUUUCAUAUAAAAAAUUUAUAUAGUUCUGAUGUAUUUAUAGGCGGCAAGACUAAUUUCGAUAUAAUCAUGUGUAUUUUGAUAAUAAUAUUUACAUUUUCGUAAGAACGCGGAGUUUUACGCUCUGCGUGGUGAUCUCCAAGAAGAAGAAUCAUGUACAGAAAAGGGAGAUCGUGUACACACACACACACUCACACACACGCGCACACACACACACACUGUCUCGUUUUUCCACGCGAGUGCAAAAUAAGUGCCUUAAAGCGCAAACGCAGCAAAUAACUUUGCUUAGUCUUCUAAAUUCUGGAAUUCCAUUCACUUCACGUGCACUCUUUUGAGUAAUUCUUCAAAACUAGAAAAGAAGUUUUUGUGAGACAUCUAAAUAUCGAAAGGCGGCAAAAAAGUCUCGCAAUUUGAAAGAAUCGUGCAAGUGUCGGUAUCGCCAGAAACAUUUGAUUUAUAUAUAAAUAUAAUAUAAUAUACACACACGCACAACACACACAUAUGUAAGGACGAUUUAUAUAUUUUGCUAGAAAUAUUUUUCACUAGUAUUAAGUGUACAAUAUAGACAUUCCAUCCAAUGUUAUAUAUUCUAAAAAAACAAUUAUUCGAAUGUAUAGUAAAAAUCUUUUAUAUAUAUAUAUAUAUACACACACACACACACACACACAUAUGGCAUCUAUUGUGAGCUUGUAUGUUACAACAUCUCUAUGUAUAUAUAAAAUUCCUCAAAUUUAUAUAUAUUAUACGCACACGACGGUCUCGACAGUUCCAUUUCGUCGCAGUUCUUCCUUACUACGAGGAUUGUAACAUGCAAGCUCCGAAAACUUAGACUGGAAAAUUGUCACGCAAAAUGAUUUAUUUUUAUUUACACUUUUUUGGGGGAGAAACGUUCGCGCUCGCAUAUACAGACACACACAUACACGCACACGCACACGUAGCGUCUAUACUGCAUCUUAGCAAACAAUUAUUGUCAAUAAUCUAACAUCGCGUAUACGAAAAAGUGAUUCACCACUAAUUCCUCGUAUGUGUAUAUGUGUGUGUGUGUGUGUGUGUGUGACGGAUAUAUAAUAUCUUUAGUAAUAUCAAGUAUGUGUGCAUUAAUUGGAUUGUUUGGUUUUUGGAGAGUCCGAUGUAACGGGGGAAAACACAUAACGAAAGAGAGUGGAAUUAUAAACGCCGUCUCUGUACUCUCGCACUCGCGGCUUGUGAUUUAACUUGUGGUGUCGGCGGUGUUUUUAUUAUUAUUAUUAUUAUUAUUAUUAUUAUUAUCAUCACUCUCUUCUCUCAAAGCUGGCUCACGGCCUAUAAUACCUUUUGUGAUAGUUCGUAGUUGGUUGAGAUCAAGUGAGACACACACGGCUGAUAAAUAAAUUACGGUGUAUUAUUAUUAUUACCGUCGAAUCGAGCAUCGGCUUCACCGGGAGAGACGAGAACAUCUUGCCCCUUUUCUCGCUUCGAAGAUACUGCCGUGACGAGCUUCCAUUAUUUUUUUGUUUCUUUUUUUAUCGCGAAGAGGCACAGAAAAAAUUCCGUAAUCUCACGUACAAACUUCUCGUGAAGUCAAUCUCGAUUCCGUCGCGCCGAGUGCUGUAUUUUUUUUUUCUUUCUUGAUUAUGGUUUUCUCUCUUGCCACGUUUUUUUACAUCGUUAGCAUAAUGGGACAAACACCACGCGCGAAGCGACUUUCACCGUUCCGCGAUCUAAUAUCCGCUCUCUACGAAACGGAUUUCUGGUGUUGCGCAUGCCGUGCGGGUUUUGCGGAGAGAGAACAAGAAAAAAUAAACAUACAAAUAUUUGUGUCCGUUUAUUACUUCCGCGAGCUACAAUUGCGUAAACGGGUUUGAUAUUUUUAUUUUUUUAUUUUUUUAUUGUUCGUUUUCUUCGUACGUUAUCACAGAGUACGUCAGUACGUACGCGUUACACACAACCGCGGGAAGAAUGUCGCCUCGUUUCCGAAACGCUGCUUUCUUUCAAAAAAAAAACACGCCGUCAUCUCGCGCAAAACAAAUUUUCCCGUGUUUUUGUUUCUCUCAACGCGCGACUUUUAUAAAAAUUGUGGCCGGGUAGAGAGUGUCUCGCUUCAAUCUUCUAUUUUGUCACGUAGCAGCUACAACAAAAGUACCUGUCGUGUGUUGGACACUCCGCAAUCCGGUUCUUGGUAUAUUAAUUAAUUAAUACAACGUAAUUGCUCGAGAAGGUUACAUGAAGACAAGGGUCGUUCGAAAGACAAAAAAAAAAAAAAAAAAAAAAAAAAGAACACUGAGCACAAUUUACAUGGUAAAAUAAUCGUCCUCUUUUCUUCAGGAGGUAACGCGAAAUGAUCGUGAGAACACGAUGAACAUUUUCUAUUUCGGUGUGUAAUCGAAAUAUAUAUAUAUACAUAUUUAUAUAUAUAUGUAUAUUUAACAGCGACAAGUUGUGUCGAUCAUUUUGAGUAGCGUCCUGAAAAUCGAGAGACUGGGACGUGCAUUUCUGACAUCCUUCAAUCGGGAACAAUCACUUUUUUUUUUUUUUAUCUCCCGAUUCGGCUUUAACAUAGUGAUACCAAUACGAUUGAUUAUAGGGUCAGCGACAGCGAAACGAUGCGAAAUGGACGGAGUGCAGCAUCAACACGUUCGAUUAUUAUAUAUUACGAUAUAUAAAAAUAUAUCACAUAGAGAAACACGUUGUGUAUAUAUAUAUAUUCGUGAAAUAUCGCUUGCACACGUGUUUCGAAAAGGAUUCCUCGUGCACAACGACGUCACUUUCGCACCGUUUCCACUUGGGGGUGCAUCCUCUCGAAGUGUCUAGUGAGUAUGUGUAUGUCGUGAGCGUGAGAAUGUCCUGCGCGUGGAGAAAAAGAAAAAAGAACCAACGCGAGAAUUCUGAAAUUUGUCACAUCGCUCCAUUUCUUCAUUCUCACGGUUGCAUGUGUCUUGUAUUUUUUUUUUUUCCUCAAAAUAUAUAAUCCUUCGAUUUUCUACAAAUGAACGUUCUUCAUUCGCGGGACAUUCGACACACGCACACGGUGUUACACGUGUUACUCAUGCAUAUGCACACUCUCACACACAUACAGACGCACACACAUGCGCGCGCGCGCGACACACACAAAAUAACGGUGUAAUCUCUCUCUGUUUUUUUUUUUUUUUUACUUCCUAUAUAAACUCUCUGUAUAUCAACGAUUUUUAUAUCGACGGUGAGAACGAUCAUGUUUAAUAAAUGUGCCUUGUGGACAUUAUAUAUCUUUUAGCUUGCCGGGUUGGUGGACUCUUACCCUGAUAUUAUAUUUACCUCGCGCGGUGGUUGCACUUUUUGUGUUGCGUCCGUUCCGCGUUUCCCGCAUUCUAACGCGUGUAUACUUACGUCAAAAUUGCGGAAACAAACAUUUUUCGCGCGCCGAUUUCUCGCUUUGCUAGCG